AUGGAUGUAGAACCACAACCAUCUGGUGCACCCACAACCAAAGGUGGCUGGAUCACCUUCCCUUUCCUCAUAGCAACUAUGGCGGCGUUGACACUCGCGGCUGGAGGAUGGACGAACAAUAUUAUCGUGUAUUUGAUCAAUGAGUUUAAUGUCAAAAGUAUCGACGCUGCUCAGAUAGCAAACAUCGUCAAUGGUUGCACCACCCUGUUCCCGAUCCUCGGAGCCAUAUUUGCCGACUCCUUUCUUGGCUCGUUUUCGGUCAUUUCAGUUUCGUCGCUCAUAUCGUUGGCGGGAAUUCUACUACUAACCCUAACCGCAACACUCGAUCCGUUGUAUCCCGCACCAUGUGAAACCGGAUCGAGUCUUUGUGUCGGUCCAUCGAAAUCUCAGCUAGCGAUCCUGUACACGAGCCUGGCUCUCUCGAGCGUCGGGCUAGCGGGUACACGGUUCACGUUGGCCACAAUGGGAGCGGAUCAGUUCGAUAAACCGAAGCACCAAGGGGUUUUCUUUAACUGGCACUUCUUUACCAUGUAUGCUGGGACACUUGUUAGCGUCGUUGGGAUCGUUUAUGUCGAAGAUAAUGUGAGCUGGGGACUCGGAUAUGGUCUAUGUGUUGUGGCUAACGUAAUUGGUUUAGCUAUUUUUGUGUUGGGCAAACGAUACUAUCGGCUGCUAAAACCACAGGUCAGCCCAUUUACCGAGCUGGCCUGUGUUGUAAUCGCAGCUUUCCUGAAAAGGAAAGUUGCGUUAUCACAAAAAAGUGAAGAUUACCGGCAAAAGACACAUGUCGGAGGAACAAAGCCAGUGGGAACAACUCCAACAAACAACUUCAAGUUCCUGAACCAUGCAGCUCUACUAACCCAAGGAGAUACCACCUCAAAUGGUUCUAUCAAGAACCCAUGGAACCUAUGCACAGUGCAACAAGUAGAGGAUCUAAAAAUCCUAAUCAGAAUCUCCCCUCUUUGGUCAACUGGUAUCCUCUUGUGCACCCCCAUAGCCAUCCAGAUGAGCCUCAUAGUCCUCCAAGCUCUAGCCAUGGACCGUCAUCUCGGACCAACCUUCCAAAUCCCAGCUGGGACCAUGAUGGUCUUCGUCAUGCUCUCCACUUCCAUUUCUCUUGCCCUCAUUGACCGUUUCCUUCUUCCCACAUUCCAAAAGCUCACCCGUACCACCCCCACACCCUUGCAACGUAUAGGGAUCGGCCACGCUCUCACCAUAUCAAGCAUGGCCAUUUCGGCACUGGUUGAGUCAAAACGGCUCGCUACGGCUCAAACCCACAAGCUCAACGGCAACUCAAUCGUGCCUAUGUCGGCUUUCUGGAUGGUCCCUCAGCUAGUGGUCGUGGGUGUUGCAGAMGSGYUUCAKYUCCCRGGUCAAGUGKCGUUGUAYUACCAAGAGUUUCCKAAGUCRCUUAARAGCACMGCGGCUGCAAUGGUGGCRAUGUUYAUKGGGAUCGCGUUYUAUWURGGGACKGYGGUGGUCGACUUUCUUMGGAAAACAACRGGAUGGYUGCCKGAYGGUAUCAAUGAUGGGAGGAUGGAUAAUGUUUACUGGGUGUUGAGUGUUAUUGGGUUGAUCAACUUUGGAUAUUAUUUGGUAUGUUCAUACCUGUAUCAAUACCAAAAUGUUGAAAAAGAUUCUUCUCCUGAUGAUUGCUAGAUGAUAUUGUUUGAAAUCAGCAAAGCUUGUUACAUCUCGAAGAUGAAAAGUUGGCUCGAUUGUAUGUAUACGUGUGUGUAUGGUGAAAAAUAUUUUGCUAACCUGAAAUGUUAUGUUGAUACAGUUGACAACUCGUCCUACAUUGA